UCCGCCCAGGUGCCAGCGACAGUGGCCACCCCGCCAGCCCUCCGAAAAGCCCCGCGGGGCUCGCGUAGGCUGAGCGGCUCCGGGUGGGAGGGGCGUGGCGCCGCAUCUGAAGCCGCCGUGGCCCUGUCCGCCCGCCCGCCCACGGGUCGCUUUUGCAGCCUGACUGCUGGGUAAGGCCGGCCCGGCCCGGCCAUGGAGUCCUACGACAUCAUCGCUAACCAGCCCGUGGUGAUCGACAACGGCUCAGGAGUGAUCAAGGCUGGCUUUGCGGGAGACCAGAUUCCCAAAUACUGUUUCCCGAACUAUGUUGGGCGCCCUAAGCACAUGCGUGUCAUGGCUGGAGCCCUGGAGGGGGAUCUCUUCAUUGGACCAAAAGCAGAGGAGCACCGGGGGCUGCUGACCAUCCGCUACCCCAUGGAGCAUGGCGUGGUGCGAGACUGGAAUGACAUGGAGCGCAUCUGGCAGUAUGUCUACUCCAAGGAUCAGCUGCAGACUUUCUCUGAGGAGCAUCCUGUUCUUCUAACGGAGGCUCCACUCAACCCGAGUAAGAAUCGGGAGAAGGCAGCAGAGGUGUUCUUUGAAACCUUCAAUGUGCCGGCUCUGUUCAUUUCCAUGCAGGCCGUGCUCAGCCUGUAUGCCACAGGACGCACAACAGGAGUGGUUUUAGACUCGGGGGAUGGGGUCACUCAUGCUGUCCCCAUCUACGAGGGCUUUGCCAUGCCACACUCCAUCAUGCGAGUGGACAUUGCUGGCCGUGAUGUCUCCCGUUAUCUCCGGCUGCUACUGCGCAAAGAAGGUGUCGACUUUCACACCUCAGCUGAGUUUGAGGUUGUCCGGACCAUCAAAGAGCGUGCCUGCUAUCUGUCCAUCAACCCCCAGAAGGAUGAGGCUCUGGAGACAGAGAAGGUGCAGUACACCUUGCCAGAUGGCAGCAUGCUUGAUGUGGGGCCAGCACGAUUCCGGGCCCCAGAGCUGUUGUUCCAGCCAGAUCUGAUAGGGGAUGAGAGUGAGGGGCUCCAUGAGGUGCUGGCCUUUGCCAUCCAUAAAUCUGAUGUGGACCUUCGUCGGACACUCUUCGCCAACAUUGUGCUCUCGGGUGGUUCAACACUUUUCAAAGGCUUUGGUGACCGAUUACUAAGUGAAGUGAAGAAGCUUGCCCCAAAGGAUGUCAAAAUCAAGAUCUCAGCCCCUCAGGAACGGCUGUAUUCUACGUGGAUCGGUGGUUCCAUCUUGGCCUCACUGGAUACUUUUAAGAAGAUGUGGGUAUCCAAAAAGGAAUAUGAAGAGGAUGGUGCCCGUGCUAUUCAUCGCAAAACCUUCUAG